AUGGUUCAAUAUCUCAUCAAUAACAAACUUUGUUCAAAUGAUUUAGAGUCGAUGGUGAUUUCAAGGAUAGGUUCUAAAUAUGGCGACAUUCCAACAUUGGAUUGGUUAUUGAAACAAAACAUAUUUGAUCAAGCCAAACUUAUUGAAUGUGCCAAUCAAAAUUAUGUAGAUUUUAUAGGUGCAUUCUUCAAAGAUUAUCAAAUUGAUAUAAUAGAUUAUUUUAAUAUGGACAUAUUCAUAAACAUCAACGAUUAA